CCAACGGCGCAGACCGAGCGCCGUGGAGCCGCCGAGAGGUCGCGGGUGUUUCCCCCCCGUCCCCGCCGGGAUGAGCCAUCGCCACAGCCACCGCCGCGGCCCCCGGGCCGACAUGGUGCCCGAGAUCGCCGCCGCCGUGGGCUUCGUGUCCGGCCUGCUGCGGACGCGGGGCUGCGUCAGCGAGCAGCAGCUACAGGUCUUCAGCGGGGCGCUGCGGGAGGCGCUCACAGAGCACUACAAGCACCACUGGUUCCCCGAGAAACCCUUCAAAGGCUCCGGGUACCGCUGCAUCCGCAUCAACCACAAAAUGGACCCCAUAAUCAGCAAGGCCGCGAGCCAGAUCGGACUGAGCCUCCCACAGCUCUACCAGCUCCUGCCCAGCGAGCUCACGCUCUGGGUGGAUCCCUACGAGGUCUCCUACCGCAUCGGAGAGGACGGAUCCAUCUGCGUCUUGUACGAGGCAGCGGCCGCCAAACCCCCCAGCUCCUACGGGAUGCUCACCUGCAAGAACCAGAUGAUGCUGGGCCGUACCAGCCCUUCCAAAAACUACAUCAUGACUGUCUCCAGCUAAAGAAAAAAACCACCAAAAAAAAAAAAAAAAAAAAAAAAACCCAAAACAACAACAAAAAAGCCAACAAAAAAACCAACAAAACAAAAAACCACCAAAAAAAAAAAACAACAAACCAAAACCAACAAAGAAAUCUCCUCUUUGUCCUUACACUGCCAAGACACAGGCUACUGUAAUACCUCCAGCUGAGGAUCUAUUUUUAAGAUGAAGAACUAUUUAUAUAUUUUUAAAAAAAAGAAACAAAACAAAAAACCUCCAGAAAAUCCAAAAUUAAAAUACCAGGCGCCGCUCUGAGCCGAGGCGGUGCCCCAGGUGCCUUUUCUAAAGCUGUUGCAAGCUUGUGAGUUCGUUUUUAUUUUACUUUUUUUGUUGUUGCUUUUCCUUUUUUAUCGUGAAGCCGAGAUCUACCUAAUUUAGUGUCGGAUGGCAAUUUUGGGGCUGGCUUUGCUCCCCUGAGCGCCUCAGAAUGGGGGGUGAGGGGGCAAAGCCAGGCUGGGCAGCGUGGCUGAGGUGUCACCUGGUGCUGCUGUUGCUGCAUCCCCAGGUGUUGCAGCAGUGCUGGAGAAAGGAGGGGAGGUGCUGCUUUUCCCCUCCCCAGCUGCUCUGACCUCGCUGGGGCCUGGAUUUGGUGCUGCCUCGGGGCUGGGUGAUUGUGGGGACGCUGAGAUCCCUCUCCUGGAGCCACUCUGGGAGCGCUGCAGCUCUGCCCCGCUCCCAGCCUGUCCCCAACCCCUGGCAUUGUCGGGGAAGGGAUGUGGAGCACGGCAGGGAUGCGCUGGGAAUGUCCCCAGGGUGACUCGUGGUGGCACUGGAGGGGUGUUCCUGGUGCUGCCAGUCCCCUGCUGUCACCCACCCGGAGCAGGGUGCUCCAGACCCCGGACCAGCUGUGAAUUCCAAAGCUUUUCUGCUCCGUGGGGCUCAGACACCAGCCCAGCCCUGCCCUGGUGGCCUCUCCGUGCCCCAGGGGCUGCUGCCGCCUCCUCUCCGUGUCCCUUCUCCCGAAGAUCCGAAGCCACUCCUUGUCCUGCCGAGGUUGGUGUGUGACACCCCCUUUUUGCUGCCCUUUAUCCUCAAAUUGGGGGUUUUUUUCGGGAGGAGGGGGAUUUUCUGUGUGGGAUUUUCAGAUGUUUUGGUGCCCUGAUGUUGCUUUUUGAAGCCGCAGCACUUCCCUGUCCCCCUCCCCUGCCCCCUUGGGAAAGGGAUUUGGGUCCCACCUCUUUGGUACAAAACUUUUUGCACAAUUCAAUUCCUGCUCCUGCCCGUUUCCUUGGGCACUCCCAGCGUUCAGGGAGGCUCUGCCCAGGCGUUGUUUGGGAUUUGCCCUUUAAACCCCAAACUUGGUGGGAGCUGAAGGCCUUAAACUCCACCUGCCAGCUGGGAAGGAGCCUUUUUCUGGGAUAUUGCCUUUUUCCCAACCCCCUGGUGCUCCCCCAGGAUCCUGGGAGAAGAUUGGGGCACGGAUGUGCUCGGUUGUAGCAAAACUUCCCGGAUUUUUCUCUCAGCGCGCUUUGAACCUUCCCCUUUUCCUGACCUGGCAAAACCGGAGUUGUUCUCACCCAGCCCACGAUGAUUCAAGUUCUCAGACAUUUGUGCAAUAGAUUUCCAAAUCCUGGGUGCUCUGGGAGAGGAAGGAAGUUCCCAUUAUUUAAUAAAUUAAAGAACCCAGCCCUGACUUCGAAAAUUCAGAUUUUUUUUUUUUUUUCCCCUCUGCAAGCUCCAAACCCUCAAGUCCAGAACUGGAAAAUCAGCCUCAAUCCUCAAAUCCUUUUUUUUUCCCUAAACAUCAGGCUGUUGUUUGUGCCAGAGGAGAUCAGAGCGGAGUCUGGAGUUGCAUCACUUCCUCCUUCACUCGAGUUUCUCACGUCAGCAAAGCAGAAACGAAGCACUGGGGGCUUUUCCCGGGGUGAACUUGUGCAAUAAAGGUGACCUCACCCACAGGGCAGCACCUGGCAACGGCCAGAAAAGCAAAUUCAUUCCCUUUUCCAGGAAAAGACACCUCAGUGCUGCUUUUUUUUCUUUUUUUUUUUCUUUUUUUGGUUUGUUUUUGGCUGGAGGGAAUCCUCCCUUCACCUGCCUGACGUGGAGAAGCUCGGGAUGGAGGAGCUUUGGGCUGGCACUUCCCUGGCUCGGAAUUUGGGCAGGAUCAAAGCAGCCCUGAAGAUUGCCACCCCCACCUCCCCUCUUUAUUCCUCCCCUCUUCCCAAACUUUUCCAGGACUUUCCCACCAAAGGAACAUCCCAGAACCGAAACAGCCUCAUUUCUCCUCAAGGUGUCCUUUUUUUCUUUUUUCUUUUUUUAAGCCUCAAAACCAACCAAAUUUGGGUAGAAUCCACUUCUCUCUCGUAGCUGGUGACACAAAAAGCUGUGAAUUCUUGUGCUCUGUUGCCUUUUGCCUCCAAGCCUGAUGUGAUGUGGACUUUGAGACAGCGUCUUUUUCAAGGGGGUUUCUGUCAUUAUUAUUAUUAUUAUUAUUUUAUUUGAAUUUUUUUUUCAACCAAGCUGGACUGUUGAACGGGACCUGCUUUUUUUUUUUGGGGGGGGGGGGGUUUCCUUUCCUUUUUUUUUUUUUUUUGUUUUUGUCGUUUAUUUGGUGAAAAUGGUCGGAAUUCUGCGAGGGAUCGCAGCAGGGAGUGGCUGGUUCCUGAUGUACAGUAGUGUUUCAUACCCACAGUGUACAGAUCCGGAUGCUUUUUGUUACUUUAAUAAAAAUGUAGCGUUGGAA